AUGAUCAGUGAAGUGGAUUGUCGUCGUGGCGCACAUGUCAAUCCAGACAUUUUCAAGCUUGAAAAUAAACCUAAGAAUAUAUUAUGUCACGAAAUCGGUGCAGGUUCUCCUUGUUUAAAAUGUAAUUGUCCGGGUCUCGAUUUGCACUACUGGAGAAAAAUGUGUAAAGUAUGUUCGUGCAGAAUGGAUGAUCACGAUGUAAUUUUGCCACGAAACAUGGAUCAUGGUCAAAUAGUGAUAGGUCGUUUGUUUGACUUUAUACCCGAGUUUGAAAGCAAAUUACAUUUACAUCCACCAUCACCUUCAUUACCGUACUCAAGAAAGGCUUAUCCCGUUCAUAAUAUUAAAUAUGAGAAAAUCAAACCAGAGUCAAUGUACAAUGUGAAACUUGAAGAUGCUAAAGAAAAAAACAAAAUGUCGGAGUAUACGUGGGUUCCAACAGCUGACAGAGUAUUAGCUGAAAAAUAUUUCAGUACUCUUCCGGAAAAUGAACGCCCUAUUGCUGAUACUGAAGGUGCCCUAGAUCGGCGUCAUAAAUUGCUGCAUCAGUUACCACAUCAUGAUUCUGAUGCAUCUGCAGCGAAAUCUUUGAAGACUGAAUUGGAUAGGAAGGAGCACGCGAAGUAUGUAAAUACUGUGAAGGAAAGGAUUGUUGGUGUGGGCAAGUUGAUUGAGUGCUCUGAAACGAAUGCGUUUUAUGAUAGCUGGAAGAAAACUACAGCACCUGGAUCACAUAGUACUGGAAGCGUCGGUUUGCAAGACAAUUAUGGGGAGUGUAAAUUUUGCCACAAGAAUUUGCAAAUCGGAGAGAUCGCUGUUGUGACAGAUCAUGGAUCACCAGAUGAAAUGUGGCAUGUCAACUGCUUCAAGUGCCAUGUUUGUAAUCAGAGGCUUGUGGACCUUCUGUAUUUUUAUAAGAAUGGUAUUUAUUACUGCGGUCGUCACUUCGGCGAUUCUGUUUAUCCGAGAUGUUCCGGUUGUGAUGAGCUUAUUUUCUCGAAAGAAUAUACUUUCGCAGAGGAUAAAAGUUGGCACUUGGAUCAUUUUUGUUGUUUUGGGUGUGAUAUGCAACUCGGUGGCCAUCGUUAUAUGAUGAAAGAUGAACAGCCUUACUGCUUUCAUUGCUAUAUGAAAAGAUAUGCAAAGACUUGCCGAUUUUGCCUCAUCAAAAUAGCACCUGAUCAACAGCGGAUUUCAUUCAAAGACCUACACUGGCAUGCUGGAGACAAUUGCUUCCGGUGCAGAUACUGCAAUAAAGUGCUGCUGAAUCAAAGGUUCAUCGUCAAAAAUGAGGAGGUUUUUUGUAGUUCAGAAUGCAAAAGAAAUUUUGUGGUUUGA